CGGCGCCACGAUGGCCACGGAAACCAUCACUCAAGAGGAAGACGCUCUCGCGCAGAACGCGCCGAGAACCUCCGACACGAUCACCCAGAGGGGUUAUCGAGGACCAGUACCCUUACCCAGCACAACACUGCUUCAGGCCGAAACCUCCCAACAUGGCGGUGUCGGCAUAGCCCCACGCACAGCGGGGUCCUUCGCGUCCGACAUGGAGAGACCCCACGCUCGUAUCAACCGCCUAGCACCUCAGAGCACUGAUCCCUCCGUGAGAUUCAGCAGGGCAGACGACAUGUCCACCCCGGCCCGCAACCCCGAUGCGAUCGGGACCCAAACCCUCACCGCCCGAACGAGUCGUCCAAGAGGUGAACUCGCUGAAGAGGCGUGGAGGGUCCUAAGGGCGCUAGGAGCCGCGUCCAACGAACGAGUGGAAGCCAACCCUGCCGAAUUCUACUUCGAACUGGUCGGGUGGCUACGCGCGGCAGCCACGAGCUUCCUGAGGGGACACGUGUCCUCGUCAUACCUGCCUUUCUUCAAUAACACUCGACUAGUCCGUAGACUCAAUGAAGUAUUGCACGCAACCACCGGAGCGUCCGAUCCCAUGAACUUGCAAGAAUACGAUCUUACGGAAGUAGUACAACGAGCGGAGCAGUCACAUCGCUCACCGAUACAGAUUCUCAGCGAAGCGGGGGUUACCGUCCUAAUCACUAACCAGGAUCCCAUAAGAAUUGGAGAAGUGUCAGCCAGUACUAAUCGCCCCACAGCCCCCCAACAACGAGCAACUCCUGAGCAAGCCGAGAGGGGAGAACGAGGCAGUACUCCAGGGGAAUCAGCGGGAGGAAGGCCCGAUCGCGGUGCGUUACCUACCACCGCCCCCGAACGAUCGUUCAUGAGUCGCAGGGAGAAUGUGAGCCUCGAAGGUCCCCCAAGCGAUCAACUUGGGCACGUACCACGCAGCGAAAGGAGGCAGUCUACGCUCUGGGACCCCGAUCGACUUCGCCCCGAACCCGCUAGACGAAUCCCCAUUCCCCCAAUCGCCAGUACUAACGGAAAUCGACCAUACGGAUUCGUGGCCUUCCCGUCGACUCGAGGACCCUCUAGGCAACCCACUACCUCCACCAUAGCGGAAGUACCAUCGCCGUCCCUCGUACCCACUUCCCCCCUCACUCAAUCCAGCUCACGUAGGGCAACCUCCCCGCCGAUACGGGUAUCCCAACCCACGAACAACCUUCCGGGAAGAAGCGAUGCGCCCAGUAACGAGGGACCGCUGUAUUUCGGAUCCAUUCCCCGCGACCCUUCCCUAGCUAGACAAGCGCCACAAGACGACAAACGAACCGACUCCGUUCACUCCUCCGUUGAGUACUCUCGCGCGAUCCCGGGAUACCUUUCCCCCUCACACGCCCCCUUGCAUGAUCAGGCUGACGACCGAGUAGAAGGAUCCCCAAACCACGCCUACCCACCUGCCACAAGUAACCCAUACAUCGCGCAGGCGCGACGGGACGCAUGGAACGCCGGAAGCGCGAGUCAACAACACGACAUAUUCCACCCAAGGACUACCUACGCAAGAGGGGGAGGCCCGCCGGACGAACCAAGCCACGACGACGAAGACGAAGGCCGUCCGCCAUCCAGAAACCACCCAUGGAGAGGAGGCGCUUCCCGGGACGACCAGCGUGACCCCUACGACAAUCCCUUCCGCGGAGGGGGCCCACCAACAACUGGACCGCCGGGAGGGGGACCACCUUGGGGAGGACCACCAGGGGGACCGCCAGGUGGCGGGUACCCGGGAGGACCACCGGGAGGGCCGCCAGGAGGACCGCCAGGAGGGCCGCCGGGGGGAGGGAUGCCCCACAACUACUGGGAAGCCCCACCACCAUGGUUAUGGCAACUGGCGCAAAUGCUAGGGCAGGGACGGGGACGCGGCGACGACCAGCGACGAGAAGACGAGCGACGACGCCAUGAAGAGCAUCGCGCUCGCGAGGAAGAGCGGCGGCGACGAGAGGAAGAAAAUAGGCGGAGGGAGCGCGAAAAUGAACGCGAACGAAAAGCCCUACAAGACGAACUGACCCGCGAAAAACAAGUAGAGCUCGCCAAGCCCGACAAGUUCUCGGGACGGGACCCCACGCUGUGGAGAGGGUGGGUCGACUCGAUACACCUCCACUUCUACAGCAAACCGCUCACCUAUGGAUCAGACAGGGCGCGAAUCCUUUUCGCAGUCUCCUACCUCACCGACCUCGCAAAGGACCAUUGGCAAAACCUAGAAACCUUCCACCCGGAACACCUCGCGCGAAGCGUAUACGAGGAGUUCAUCCAUGAAUUUGCACGUAUGUUCGACCUCGCCGACCCACAAGCUGACGCAUGCGCAGAAUACGAGACCCUCGCGAUGGAAUCCAAUGCGCGAUUCACAGCAUUCAUUGUGCUUUUCGAAAGCGUCGCACAGCGAACAGGAUACAACGAGGUACAUUGGAUGACCCGUCUCGAACAGAGCAUGCCAGAUCGAAUACUCACCGCCGCGCAGUACGCCCCGUCCCCCCGCAACUUCCGCGAGAUGAAAAACCUAUACACGGUACUCGACAACAAGUACUGGCAAGACCGACAAAAGCGGGAGGCGCUCCAGAAGCGAGCCCAGUAUCUCGCUAAGUCGAUCCCCAAUACAAACGCUAACCGUUUCCUCAGACGGCCGGACACUCGCACCUUUAGCCCCCAACCAGCAAACACAACCCCACCACUACAAACCAACGCCACGCCAGCGCGUAAAACGGAAGGAGCAACCCCACCUGCGGCAACAGCUAGUGGAGGACCAACCAACGUUCGAAACCAGCCAAAUCCCAACGCUCCCCGAAUGACGUAUCGCCAACUCACGGGCCUAAAGCGAGAGGAAAUGGAUCGCCUACGACGCGAGGGGCGCUGCUUCGGGUGCAAACAGACGGGGCACAACUGGGGAGAUCCGGUAUGUACCGUACCCAAGCCGGCGAUGGGGCGGUCCACUUACAUCUUCACAGAUGGACAGCUGGCCGUGGAAUGGGAAGAAGAGAGGACAGCGGGGCAAGCCUUCUCGAACAAGGAGUCCGACCAAGAAGGGGAGGAAGAAGAGUGGUCGGAGGGGGAAGAGCCGCUCGAACAAGGGGAGGACUUCGCCGCGUCGUAUAGCUACUCGGACGAGGAAAAUGCCCGCCGGGUCUAG